UUUCUCUCUUUCCUAUACAUUUCCGUACUUUUUUCUUUCAAUCAAAGGUACGUUUGUUAUUUGAUCUUUAUAAAAACAGAGAAAAUAUUAAACACAUCCCUCGUUCCAUCUUUCUUAUACAUUUGUUCUUCAAUCAAAGAUGAGACCAGAAACUCUCGCGGUUAUUCAGAAACAGCUCACAAAAAUUAAAGCGGCUCAGAGAAAUAUGACCGACAACGAAGUACUACGAUCCAUGGACGAGAUCAUGUUCUGUUUCGAAAACUGUUACACAGAGGAUGAAACUUUUACUCAUAUCGCCCAGAUGUUUCCUUCUUACGUACUUAAGAUUGUGAAAAGUUUCUUUCAGAUCUCUAAAGCCGUAACCGAUGAAGAGUCAAGAGAGGCGUAUCUCACGGAUGCUGAAGAAUGUGCUAGUGUAAGAAGGAGUCAGGCUCGUGAUACUUCUGAGGAAGCUAAGAGAAGUCAAGGUGAGGCCAGUACAUCUCAGAAAUGUGAACCUAACUGCAACAAGCAUUAAAAUUAAUACUAUGAUCAAAGGAUACGUUUUCUAAAUUUAUAUACAACAAAUAAGAGUGGUUAUUGUGAUCCUUAUACAACAAAAUCUACGUUUAUGUUUUCCCUUUGUUUAUAGGAGUUGUACUCCCUUUAAUUCCCCUUUGUUUAGGAAUUGGUCUUUGUGAUCCCAAAAUAAAAACAGUGUAAUGAAAAACCAAAAAAUAAUUUUAUCUAUA